GAAGGAUUUGUAGUCGGACCCAUAGUGCAGCAUGUGUCGGGGAUGAAUGUCACAUUGGCCGCUGCACCGGGACCGGCAUGUGGAGUGUACCCAGGAUGGCGGGGAGCUGCGCCCUGCGGGCAGGCCGGGGAAGUCUGUACUCUGUGGCCACAGCUGCUAAACUCUCCAAUGCUGAGAAUUCCCGCAGGCGCUCGGAGCUGUACGAGAAAGAGAAGGAGAGACAGCUAUCUCUGUAUCCACGCAUUGAGAAGAUUGAGGUGAAAUAUGUGGGGAAGACCAAUCCGGAGACUGUGUUUGUGAUGAAUAAAGGGCUGUCUACACCGUACAACUGUGCCAUGCAUCUCAGCGAGUGGUACUGCAGCAAGUCUGUGCUGGCCCUUGUGGACGGGGAGAUCUGGGACAUGUACAGACCUCUGACUAAAUCCUGUGAUAUCCAGUUCCUUACGUUUACGCAGGAAGACCCGGAGGAAGUUAAUAAGGCGUACUGGCGUUCCUGUGCAGCAAUGUUGGGACAUGUGUUGGAACAAGCGUUCAAAGAUGAUUAUAUGGUGAAUCUCGUCAGAGCUGCUGAGAUACCAGUGAUCUCUGGGGCCUUCUGCUACGAUGUGGUCUUGGACAGCAGGUUAGAUGACUGGAAGCCGACAAAGGAGAAUCUUCAUUCAUUCACCAAGGACGCACUUAGACUUAUAAAAAAAGAUCUACCAUUUGAGAGUCUGGAAGUAGACGAAAAGGUUGCAAGGGAGAUAUUUCAGCAUAAUCCGUACAAAUUGAUCAUCCUGGAAGAAAAGGCGGCACAACACCCCCAAGGGAAGGUGACUCUACACAGAUUUGGUGACUUUGUGGAUCUCUCCGAAGGACCUCACAUUCCCAGGACCAGCUUUUGUUUUCAGUAUGAGGUCACUGCUGCACACUCCCUGCCUAUCCCCUCUGAGCACGUGAGACGGUUCCAGGGGGUUUCCCUGCCCGUGGAGUUAAGGGCUCAUCACACCGUCUGGAAUAAAUUACGAACAAGAGCCCAGAAACUGGUCACAGAGAAGGAAACGAAAGAGCCAGAAUCAGAACCUUCUGCAUAAUUCUCUUCCAUUUUUUUUUAAAAUUCAAAAUAAACUGUUUUUCACUUUA